AUGACACGUAUCAAUCGAGAACAUCUGCAAAAGCGGAUUGUACAACACUACAUCAACGUAGCAAACAAACAAAAACAAAUCACCGUAAAUCAUUUUUUACAAGAAAAGAUUUCUCGGCAAACUAUCUACAGCAUCAUUAAGAAGUAUGAAGAAUCAGGCUAUGUUAGUGACAAGCCAAGAUCUGGUUGCCCAAAGAAAUUAUCUCGUGGACAAUUAACAAGACUCAAAUGUCUUGUUAAUAAAAAAACAGGAAUUUCUUUGCGUCGAUUAGCACCAAAGUUUAAAGUCAGUUAUCAAACGGUCUCUAACCAUUUAAAAGCUAUGGAUCAAUCGGUACAAACUAAUCGUGGAUUCUACACGCCUGAUAAAUGUACUACAGCACCACAGAUCAAAUUUAAAAGAAUUCAGAAAUUUGAACCGAAAGUAUUAGUUUGGAUAGCAAUGUCGGAAAAAGGAAUUUCGAAGCCUUUUUUCUCAAAACAGAAGCAAGCUAUUGGUCAAAUCACUUAUUUAAACCAAUGUAUUAUAGCACGUUUAAUGCCAUUCAUUACAAGUCAUCAUACCAAGGGGAAAGCAUUGUUUUGGCCUGAUUUAGCUUCAAGCCACUAUGGCCACAACGUUUUACAGUAUUUGGAUCAAAACGACGUACAAUUCGUACAUAAAGAAUUUAAUCCUCAAAAUUGUCCUCAAGCACGUCCAGUCGAAACAUUGUGGUCAAUACUAAAGAAUAUGGUAUAUGAUGAAGGCUGGGAAGCUAAAACAAUUAAUCAAUUACGUAGGCGAAUUGCGAGAAAAUUGAAAGAAAUAGAUAUUAAAAUUGUCCAACAAAUAUUUUUAGGCACACAAAAACAAUUAAGAAAAAUUGCUGAUAAUGGACCAUAUGAAGCUUGUUUUUCUUAA